AUGCCAUAAAUAAAAUAUUUCUCAAAGAAUUAAUAGAAGGUAGUUUAGUUAAGAAAAAAGUUUGAAUUAUGUAAUUCCAUAUAAGAAAACCAAAUUGUUGAUUUAAAUGGCAGGUUGAAUGACAAUUAAGUAUGCAUGUAUCAUUAGCUAGACAAUUUAGUUUAAUUUAAAUUGUUAAUCAUUGUGAAAUUUUGCUAUUUGAAUGAAUGAGCAAAAAUCAGGAGAGGAGGACACUAUAGCAAUUAAUUUUUGUUGA